AUGUUGGAGGACACCAAUGGAAUCAUAAAGGCCGAGGAAAAAUCAAAACCGAAGUCCGAAACAAAGCUGUCACCCGCGAGUCACACAUCAGCUAUGAUGCGAGAUAACGUCGAGAUUGAGGCUGAAUUGGACAACGGUAACAGCGAUAGCCAAGACCUGACCGAUGACUUCGAGGGAUACGUGAGGCGGAUGGACCUGGACUACAUUUCGCGACAAUGGAACAACUAUGUACAAGUAUUUUGCACGGCGAGUGACUCUAGAAAUAUUGCUUGUAGAAGAAAAUGGAAGAGCCGAUUAUUCAAGGGGACCUGCGGCAGUGGUGACGUCCACCUGAAUGUCAACGGCAAGAAGAUAUACGAUGAACAAGGCUGUGUGUCUUACGGAACGAAUGAUGCUCGGGACGAGCACAUCUUAGAGGGGGAUAAUGUUACGAUUACGGGGGCUCAGGGCGCGUUAGACGGCAGUUCAGUGGAGGAACUCGAGGAAGAAGGAACAGGAAGAAGAAAGUGGAAAGUGAAGAAA